AUGAGCUGUAACCCUAACAAGUGUAAAGAACUUUUCAUAAAGAAGAAAGGGUACUCCACAUUCUAUCCUGUUCUUCGUAAUAUACCACAACAUGCCACUCUUGAGUUAUUAGGUCUGACCUUCCAGAAUGACAAUAAAUGUUUUGCACUCAUAGAAGCUACACUGUACAUGACUAAAAGAAAAAGAA